AUGGUAUCGUUACCGUUAUCGUCAGCAUUAUUGUGGACGACUCUGUUCCUUACCAGUAAAGUCACAGCAGUGGAACUUGAUUUAAACAGUUUUGAAUCUCUCGAGAAUGCUACCUCGUUAGUUGCUUACGGUUUGAUGGAUUAUUACACUGGUGAUCAAUAUGGUAAAACUGUUGGUAUGUUCUCCGAUCCAUACUAUUGGUGGGAAGCCGGUGGUGCUUGGGGUUGUAUUCUAGAUUACUGGUAUUACAUGGAUAAUGACACUUAUAACGAUAAAUUUAUGGCUGCUAUGAUGCAUCAGACUGGUGACAACGACGAUUAUAUCCCAUUGAAUCAAUCUACCACUGAAGGUAAUGAUGAUCAAGCUUUCUGGGGUAUUGCUGCUAUGACGGCAGCUGAGAGAAAUUUCACUAAUCCACCUGAAGACAGUCCUCAAUGGUUAUAUUUGGCACAAGCUGUUUUUAACACAAUGGCAUUACGUUGGGAUGCAGACACAUGUGGUGGUGGUCUAAGAUGGCAAAUUUUCGUUUGGAAUUCUGGUUAUGAUUAUAAGAAUUCUGUCUCUAAUGGUGCUUUAUUCCAUUUAGCUGCUAGAUUAGCUAGAUACACAGGUAAUUCAAGUUACACAGACUGGGCUGAAAAGGUGUAUGAUUGGAUGUGGGAUGUCAAUGUUAUCUCUCAUGGUGACUAUAUGUUUGUUUAUGAUGGUGUUAGUGUUAAUAAUUGUUCUGCAGUUACUCCCUAUCAAUGGACAUAUAAUCAAGGUUUAUUACUUGCAGGUUGUGCUUAUCUGUAUAAUUCUACUGGUAAUGAUACAUGGCAUCAAAGAACUUUGAAAUUGUUAAAUUCUUCUUCAGUUUUUUUCAAUAACAGUAUAUUAUAUGAAGCUGCAUGUCAACCAAGAGACACUUGUAAUACAGAUCAACGUUCUUUCAAGGCUUAUUUCUCUCGUUUCCUUGGUGUUACUGCACAAUUGGUCCCUGAAAGUAGAAACCAAAUUAUGCAUUGGAUCAAUGCCUCUGCCGUUGGUGCAGCCCAAUCUUGUUCUGGUGGUACCGAUGGUCAUACCUGUGGUACGAAUUGGUUCUAUGACGGUUGGGAUGGUAAGUAUGGUCUUGGUGAACAAAUGGCUGCACUUGAAAUUUUGGUCAAUACUAGAGCUCUAGACAAGCCAGCUCCAUACACAGCACAGGACGGUGGUUCUUCACAAGGUGAUGGUGCUGCUGGUACAGAAGCUCACGCUACUAAUUUGAAUCCUUUGAAUAUUACCGCGGGUUCUAGAGCUGCAGCUGGUAUCAUCACUGCAGUUAUCGGUAUUUCUAUUGUAGCAUGUGCUUUGUGGCUAGUGUUUUAA